UCUGCUGACCUCGUGACGAUAACAGUAGUUAGCUAACAGUUUUUCAGACGUUUGUGUCUCCCUUUAGAGCUAACAUUUGAGCAUGAAGGAUACCUAACAGCGCCGCAGACGACUUUAGAGAUAAACAGCGAAGAUGAGUGUGACCUGGGCUAAAUGUAAAUCCGUGCUAAUAACGGGCUCCAGCAGGGGCAUCGGGCUACAGAUAGUGAAGGAGCUGGCUAAGAGCAACAGCAGACCGGCCACCAUCAUAGCGACAGCCCGUAACCCGAGCGGCUCCCCGGAUCUGCAAGAGCUCUCCAAAACAUGCCCAGGUGUUCAUGUUGUGACAUUAGAUGUGGACAGUGAGCAGAGUGUGAGCUCAGCCCUGCAGGAGGUCACAACCAUCGUAGGAAAUGAAGGACUCACCUGUCUGAUCAAUAACGCUGCAAUUGGAAUCACCAAAGACUUAAACAGUGUUACCCCAGAGGCCAUGAUGAAGAGCUUCCAAGUCAACACUGUGGCUCCUCUCUUUGUCACAAAGGCGUUCCUUCCUCUGCUGCGGACAGCUGCAGCUCGCUCCUCAGGGAUGGGGAUUCAUAGAGCAGCCAUCAUCAACGUGUCUUCCAUCCUCGGCUCCAUUACAAACAACUGGGAUGAAGGUGCUAACUUCAAGAGCUACGCCUACCGCACCUCCAAGGCUGCUCUGAACAUGGUGACCAGGUGUCUGGCUGCUGAUCUGGGCUCGGACGGCAUCCUGUGCAUGUCUCUGCACCCUGGCUGGGUCAGGACGGACAUGGGGGGACCUAUGGCUUAUCUGUCUGUAGAGGAGAGUGUCUCUGCUCUGCUCUCUGUCCUCUCUGAUCUGUCAGAAAAAGACCACGGAGGAUUCAAAGACUACCGUGGAGACGUCCUACCGUGGUGAAAUCAAACGCUGACUCUAAUCAUCAUCAGGACUGAGGCUCCUUGUUCACAACUUGUUAAAUCUUCUGGCUUGAACAGACAGUCUAGAUCAGGGGUCACCGACCUGUAGAUCCUGAUCUAUCUACGUCCCAUCCAGGCCUGCACCCCUUGUUCUUCACAGAAGAUCUACUAUCCAUAAUUACGGCGUAUUAGGGCCAGCCUAAGAAAAUAAAUGUAUAAAGAGAAUCUAUUGAUUUUCAAGAAAAAAACAUGAAAUUUUUAAGUUUUAAAAGUUUUUAUCUCUAAAAGUUGUAUAUUUGAACCAAAAAAAUUUAGAUUAUGAAGUAUUUUUUUACUCUAUACUGUUGCAAAUAUUUAACACAAAAACACUUAAAUUUUUGAGUUUCUGAUGUCAAAAGUUACUACUUUUUAAAUUCUUCAAUUCUGAGUUUGUUUUCUUGUAAACAUGCAAUUUAAUAUUCUCAACAAAUAUCCCCCAAAAUGUUAAACUUUUUUGCUCAAGAAUUAACAGUUUUUCUCUUAUUUUUUAUCUUUUAGUGUGGCCCUAAUACACCGUCAUACAUUAUGUUUCUAGUCACAUUUUUUAAAUAUAUUCACAACUAAUUUUGACAACAUCAGAGCAGUCAGUUUUAAAGCUUCAUUGUAAAAUGUGUUUAGCCCUGAAAAUCUCAUUAUGUAACUAAUAACUGGUCAAUCUCUCCUUUGCUCAGGGCCAAAAGGUAUAUUUUCAUUACUUUAAUUUUCAUGUUUUACCAAAGACUUUAAUGCAGCUCAGUGAAAGACUUGGACUUUUGAAGUCUUAAAUGUUUUUAAAUCCCUCUAAUCUACAUUAAUGUGUUCGCUGUUAUGUUUGAAAGAGAGGACUUUGUACUUGUUGAUGAUAUUGAUAUUGAUGAAAACAAAGGAAACCACUAGAAUCAGAUUUAUUUGGAGCUCUGCACAGUGACCACUGUUUUUAUGGACAAUGGGAGCCCGUGGCUCCAGUAUCAAAAGAAGUGGAGAGGUGCAUUUGAGUUCAAGAGUAACACCAUUGCUCAUAUAAAUUAAUCUAAGGAGUACCAGACUUAAUGGUAGGACGCAGAAUGAGCCGUUAGAAUGGCAGUUCCCAGUACCAUGUCAACAGCUCAUUUCAGGUUACCUCGAUGAUGUUUGAUGACAAUAAAAUGAAAUGUGAUAUAAC